AAAAUACAACACAUUUAUUAAGAAAUUACAAUGGAAAUUGAAAAUAAGCCUAACGUAAAUUUUGUAUCUUGCGUUAAAUGGGUAAAAAAGGGCAUAGCGAAAUUUAAUCCCGACAAGGUUCAAUUAACAAAAGUAGAAUUAGCAAGAAUGAUACAAGAGACCAGAAGGAAUUUACGAGUUUCAGAAAAACCGGAAGAAGGUAAUGAAGGACAACCCUCUACAAACCCUAGUGAUGAAUUUGGCUUACAAAAUUACGAUAAUGACGAAGAUGAAGACGAGGAAAAUCCUCUUGGUUUAAAUUCUUUAGCAGAAGUUCCUGAGGCAGAUGAAAAUUAUUCUGAUACUGAUGAAUCAGAAAAGGAAGAUGACUUUAUAAAACCAAAAGAUAGUUUAAUACUGGUUGGACAUGUAGAAGGAGAUGCUAGUAUUUUAGAAGUAUAUGUGUAUAAUGAGGAGGAAGAAUCUUUGUAUGUACAUCAUGAUAUACUUCUUCCAUCUUUUCCAUUAUGUCUUGAAUGGUUGGAUAAAGAAACUGGCCAUCCUCCAGGAAGUUACUGUGCAGUUGGAACAAUGGGACCUAUUAUUCAGGUGUGGGAUUUAGAUGUUGUAAAUUGCUUGGAACCAGCUUAUAAACUAGGAAGAAAAGGGAGCAGGAAAAGAGGGACUACAACUGUAGGUCAUAAGGAUGCAGUUUUAGAUCUUUCUUGGAAUAAAAAUUACGAUCACAUUCUGGCAAGUGGCUCUGCAGACAAAACAAUACAUUUAUGGGAUUUGGAUGUAGGUGAACCUGCAACAACAUUAAAUGCAUUUUCUGAUAAAGUUCAAUGUUUAGAGUGGCAUAGACUUGAGGCUCAAACUCUUUUAGCAGGGAGUGCUGAUCAAACAGUUAAGAUAUUUGACUGUCGUAAUCCUGAAACAAAUCAAUCCUGGCAAGUAGAUGGUGAAGUUGAAAGAGUUUGUUGGAAUCCUCUGCAGCCGUUUUCUUUUUUUGCAUCAACCAGUGUAGGGAAGGUGCAAUAUUUUGAUUGCAGAAAAGGACAGAUUUGGAGUAUAGAAGCACAUGAAAAGGAAGUCACAGGCUUAACAAUAAGUGCACAGUGUCCUGGAUUAUUAAUAACUGCUUCUGCUGAUGGCUCCCUAAAGGUGUGGGAUAUGAAUGAAGAAUCUGAACCAGUUAUGGCGGUCAAUAAAGAAUUCGAUUUGGGUGUUGUGCACUGUGUUGAACUUUGCCCCGAUUUACCUUUUGUUAUUGCUGCUGGUGGAGAUAACAAAAGUAAAAAUUUCUUAGUUUAUGAUUUACGAAAUGUUGACCCAGUGAGACAUAGGUUUGAGUCAAGAAAUUUGAUUCAAUUAGUUCCAGAAGAAAGCGUAAUGGAUACUGAUACAUUAGAACAAACUACUAACUAAUUUUCAAUUUUGAUGAUAAUGACACCUUUGAAUAUUGAUUAAGUAAUUAAGUGUACUAGACAUUAAUACAGUACAUGAUAUUGUGAGAAACGAUUUAAUUAAAAAGUUUGUUUUUGA